AAUGUCAACUUGUUUUUUCCUCCACGAAAUGGUUUCGAUUUUAUUCAAAAUGUGUUAAUAAUUAAGUAUGUUAUAAAAGUGUACAAUUAUACAUUUUAAUUUGUAAAUAUUUUUAAUUUAUUAUAUAAGUAAAAUAUUAUAAAAUGGGACACUCAAGAUCGCGUAGUAAAUCACCUAGAAAAAGUCAUAAAAGUAAACAUUCGCGAAAACGGAGUAAAUCAAGAGAUAGAUCAGAUCGAUCACAUUCACAUAGUAGAAGGUCGAAAUCUAUAGGUGAUAAAAAUAAAGAACGGAGUAUCAAAUCAAGAAAACGAUCUCAUUCAAUAUCAUCGACUAGUAGCACAGAUGGAUCAACAGAAACGCCUAGAAGACAUAAAAAGUCUAGGUCACAUCGAAAAAUGGACGAGGUUGAACGAUUAGCAGAAAUGGAACGUCAACGAAGACAACGUGAGGCUGAACAACGAUUAGUCGAGGAAGAAACAGCAAAAAGAAUUGAGGAACUUGUUAAUAAACGUGUUGAAGAAGAAUUAGAAAAACGUCGUGAUGAAAUUGAACGAGAAGUUGCAAAGCGUGUCGAAGAAGCGAAAGAAAUAAUGGAAAAACAAAUGAUGGCUGAAAUGGAACGACGUCGACAAAAGCAACUAGAAGAAGAAAAGAAACGUGAGGAAGAGGAAAAACGAAAACGGGAAGAAUUAGAACAAAUCAUGGCUGAAAACAACCGUAAAAUUGAAGAAGCCCAAAAAAAAUUGGCGGAAGAAAGGCUGGCAAUGGUUGAAGAACAACGAAAAAUAGAUGAAGAACGUCAAAAAUUGAAAAAAGAACAGGAGAAACGUGUGAAAGAAGAACAAAAGAAAAUAUUAGGAAAAAAUAAUUCACGACCAAAGUUAUCAUUCUCUUUAAAACCUGUUAUUUAAAAAAAUUUAAAUAAUCAUGUUUUAUAUUUUGAUAGGUAUUUAAAUAAAAUUAUGGAUGAACAUUUGAAUGUUUAAAGAUAAUCGUAUAUGAUCGAUUCUAUUAAUAUAUGUUCUAAUUUUAAAUCUAUGCACAAAUUAAUGAUAAAAACAAUAUAAAAUAAUUGUGUUUAAUUAUAAACCGAUGGGUGAUUAAAUUUGAGUGGCUUGAGUGCGAUAAAAA